GCUUAAACUGCCGGCUCCCUAGUCCCUGCACUACAACAGUAAUCACUAAUCCUUCGAUUGAGUUUCGAGCUUCUUUAAAGCUUCCAUGGCUUCCGGGUAACAACGCCAACAAGGUCUCCGUGACAGUGGGGGAGAGGGAGGGAUCCACAAGGAAGAGAUGGCGGUGCAGCUCAACAACAAUGAAACUAAGAAGAAGAAAAAGAGUUAUUAUUUGCCUAAAUUUUGUUUUAGGAUUGAGUAUGAUGCAACUGGAGAGGGCUUUGAUAUGGAGAUCGUUGAUGCUUCUGCUUCUCGGCCUCCCAAACCCUCGCACUUGAUCAUCAUGGUUAAUGGUCUUAUAGGCAGUGCUCAGAAUUGGAAAUUUGCUGCAAAACAGUUUCUCAAGAAGUAUCCACAUGAUGCAGUUGUACAUUGUAGUGAGUGUAAUUCUGCAAUGUUGACAUUCGAUGGCGUCGACGUAAUGGGAGACAGAUUAGCUAAAGAGGUAAUAUCAGUUAUAAAGCGUCAUCCAAGUGUUGAGAAAAUUUCAUUUGUAGGUCACUCGUUGGGUGGCUUGAUUGCAAGGUAUGCAAUUGCCAAGCUUUAUGAGAGAGACAUUUCAAUGGAAUUUUCUUAUGAGAAUGGAAAAAGUGAAGGCCAAAGUUCUUUAGUUCAAGAGUUUCAUGAUAGGAAGAAGAAUUAUGAAGGAAAAAUUGCAGGAUUGGAGCCUAUAAAUUUUAUUACCUCAGCAACACCACAUCUUGGUGCUAGUGGCCAUAAACAAUGUCCAAUGUUUUUCGGAUUUCGCUAUGCGGAGAAAGUGGCAACUCGAGCUUCAGGGCUUCUUGGUAAAACAGGAAAACAUUUGUUUUUAGCGGAUGGUAGCAAUGGAAAGCCUCCUCUUCUUCUCCAAAUGGCUCACGACUCUGAAGAUCUCAAAUUCAUGUCUGCUUUGAGGUCCUGUAAACGUCAUGUUGCCUAUGCAAAUGUUCGUUACGAUAAGCUGGUUGGUUGGAGUACUUCAUCUAUAAGGCAUAGGAACGAACUUCCAAAGCGCCGGAAUCUUUCCAGUCACGAGAGGUACCCGCAUAUUGUAAAUGUUGAGACAGCAAGAUCCUCUUGUGUUCCUACCGAACGGGGAACGAAGAAUAGUGGUUUGCAUAGACUUGACAUGGAAGAGGAAAUGAUCAGAAGCUUAACAACAAUAAGCUGGGAACGUGUCGAUGUCCGAUUCAGUGGUACCAUGCAGAAGUUCCUUGCUCAUAGCACCAUUCAGGUCAAGACUUAUUCUAUCAAUUCUGCUGGAACAGACGUGGUCCAACAUAUGGUUGACAAUUUCCAACUAUAGAUUUAUUUUUUUUACCAUAUUACCCUCUUCCAACAUGAAAGUUGAUAAUGUGAAGGAGGAUGAGGGAUGAGGGUGUUAUGAUCUUUUCAACCUGCCUCAAUCUUUUGCAAGUGAUGCAGGAAAAUUGGUUAGAUCACAGAAGUAGCAAAAUCAAAGGGUAGAAUGAGAGGUGUAUCUAAAGCAUAGUAUCAUUGUUAUUUCAAAACUUGAAAAAUAACAUUUUACAUAACAUUUUUAUAUGAGUUUAAAUUUUUUAUAUAAUAGUAUAUAAAAAUAUAAUAUUAGAUAUUAAUUUGGC